GACCAGCAGCUCCUGAAGAAGGUUGAACUUCUAGAGUUGUCUCAGGAAGUUCAGUCUCUGCUGCUGCUGGUAGUUUACAUUAAGAACAGUGAUGGUUGGACCAUGUUUGCGAGCCACUUGGACCUUGUGGAGAAGCAGUUGUUCAUGGUCAUUCUGAAUAACUGCUCCCAUUCCUGACAGUUUUCACUUCAGCAUCUCCAGGGGGCGAUAAUGUGCUGGGUUAUUCAUGUUUGACCCUUACGAUGAGGAGAAGAACUGAAUAGAGAGUAAAGAGAUUUUCAUCAGAUUGUUUUAGAUGGUGAGGUGGAAGGAGAAUCGUUUACUAGCAACUUGUUGCCUAGCAACUUGUUGCCAAACAACAGCCGACAUUGUUGAGAUGGAUUUAUCUGCAGAAGCUGGAUAGAUGAUUCUAUCUGGGAUCACUUUUACAUUUUCUUUAUGUAUCACGAGUCAUGUCAUAUUAUCCCAACAUUAACCCAGAUGGUUUACCUGAUAUCAUGCAGCCUUACUUGGUUCUGGUGACCAUCUCAUGACUAAUCUGAACUCUACAUUCAAACUUUUUUCUUCUAACAGCUUCUGUCUGUAGGAGGUUUGCUGUUCGCCCAGGACACCAUCAUCCUCAUCCUCAGUGGAUCUGUUAGACUCCUUUAAUGCAGCUUUCGAGCCAUAAAGUGUUGAUAGUUUCUUCACCAUAAAACAACUCAAAAUGGACAGAAGCAUAAACAUGUAAGCACGUUUUAUGAUUUAGUUUGGAUGACAUUUAUUGUUCUGAACUUCUACAGAAGCAGGGUUUUGUCCCGGCAGUAUGCCUAGCCGCUGUGUGGCCCGGUUCUGUGGCAGCACAGUGAAGGAUGGCGUGACCAUACACUCCUUCCCCAAGGAGCCCGAUCUCCGGAGGAACUGGGAACAGUUUGUACAAGCGAAGCGGAAGGAUUUCCACCAUGCCACUCCGUAUAGCGUGCUCUGCUCCAAGCACUUUCAGGUUGAUGAUUAUGAUGAUGCCAUGAUGCAGAUGUUUGGGUUCAAAUCUAAAAAGAAAAGACUGAAGAAGGAUGCUGUUCCUAAAAUUCACGUCUCGCCACCGAAUCCCAAACCUGAGAAAACUCACAGACUGGAAAGAUCUCAGGUUCUGACAGAAGAGUCCUUGUCUGCCAGGGAAGAAGAGGCCGACGCUCCAGUCGGAGCUCAGAUGACCCAACACUUCCUUCAACACACAGGGUCAUGUUUUAGGAGCAGAGAACCACCACAGCAACAUGUUAUAAAGCACAUGGAGGUUCUGACUGACCAGCAGCUCUGGAACCAGGAGAGAAACCACAGUCUGGACAAGGAGGAACCAGAACCUGUACACACUGAAUUAGAGCUGGGGGAGCCAGAACUUAUACAGAUCAAAGAGGAACCAGAUGAAUCAGAACCUUUACAGACUAAAGUAGAGUUGGAGGAACCAGCACUUCUAGAUACCAAAGUGGAAGAGAUUGAUGGGCUGCCCAGACAGCUGGAGAUUAACUGGAAACCAGGAACAAACGUACACAGACGAGAAUUAUCACACGGACAUGUUAACAAGGAGCAGGAGUUUCUCACUGACCAGCCGCUCUGGAACCAGGAAAGGAACUGCAGUUUGAAACAGGAGGAACCAGAACCAGCCGCUGACCAGCCGCUCUGGAACCAGGAAAGGAACUGCAGUUUGAAACAGGAGGAACCAGAACCAGCUGCUGACCAGCCGCUCUGGAACCAGGAAAGGAACUGCAGUUUGAAACAGGAGGAACCAGAACCAUCACAGAUAAAAGAUGUGGAAGAACUGUGCAUCAGUCAGGAAGAAAAGCUGUUGUUAAUGAACCCCAAGAGUUUGACCCAUAUGGUGACUCCAGCCUGCAAAGAAAGUGAGCACAGUAACCCAGAACCAGACACUGACCAGCACCACCUCCUCAACUCUUCUGAAGAUGAGAUUCAAGGUCAAGAAGGAAGCAAACAAGUAAACUUAGGGCUAAACUUCAACAAAAUGUUUCCACUGAAGUACGAGUCCACAAGCCAUGCAGGUUCUAAACCUUUUCUUGAUACCUGUGGACAGAAGGGUCCUACUUCAUCAUCCUCCCUGGAAUUCAGCCACAAGACUGAAGAAACCAGAGAUGGUAGCAACACUGAUGGAGACAUUUCUCAUUUGAUGCUAACAAAGAGUGACCAAAUAUUUCACUCUGAUAAAAAGCUGCAUCUCUGCAACAUCUGUGAGAAAAGUUUCAGACAUAAAGGGAAUUUAUUGUGUCACAUGAGAACUCAUACGGGUGAAAAGCCAUAUCCAUGCAGUGAAUGUGGGAAACGUUUCAGUCAAAGAGGAAGUUUGACGAAACACAAGAAAAGGCAUGCAGAUGAAAAGCUGCAUUCAUGUGAUGAAUGUGGGAAAUGGUUUUAUCAAAGAGCAAGUUUGCUCCAGCAUAUGAGAACUCAUACGGGUGAAAAGCCAUAUUUCUGCAAUGAAUGCGGGAAAAGCUUUCAUCAAAGAGGAGGUCUGAUGAAGCAUAAGAAAACACAUACAGGAGAAAAACCACAUUGCUGCAAAGAAUGCGGGAAGCAUUUCACAGUGAAGUUUAACCUUUUGGUUCACAUGAGGACUCAUACAGGCGAAAAGCCGUUCUGUUGUAAGGAAUGUGGGAGGAGUUUCAGUGUAAAGAGUAGCUUGUUGGGUCACAUGAGGACUCAUACAGGAGCAAAACCAUAUUUCUGUCAAAUCUGUGGCAGGAAUUUUAGUAGAGGUAAUAACAUGAAGAGCCAUAUGAGAACUCAUAAAGAUGAGAUUUAAUAUUUUUGACAUUAUUACAACAGUUUCUUUGUUAACAUGCAUGAUGAUUCACAGGACUGUGAUUUAUUAUGAAUCCAUUAUGGACACAGCAUGACUUGGGUCAGUUGUUCUGGGUUUCAAUAAACAAGCUGCUCACAAUAGAAAUUUGGCCCAUUUCUUGUGACAGAACUGGGUCAGGUUUGUAGGCCGCCUUGCUCACACAUGUUCUCUGUGACUGAGAUCAGGGCUUAUUGCUGACUGCUCUAAAAUAUUGACUUUGUUGACCUUAAGCCACUUUGUAACUAGUUUGGUGGUGUGAUUAGAGUCGGAUUGCACUGCUGCCCAGGAUUUAACUUCCUGGCUGAUGUCUUUUAGAUUCUGCUUUAACAUUUCCUCAUAAUGUUUUAUCCUCAUGAUGCCAACCGUGAAGCACGGAGGUGGUAGCAUCAUGUUGUGCUGCAGACUGACACUGAAGAUGUCACACAGCAGCUCACUGUUAAUGGAAGUUAUAACGGGUGCCAGCUUCGGUCCGUUAUUAAGUUGUUGAGCGAUGGGAGCCGACAAUAUUCUGACGACAUAGAAGAAGAGAGCUCAGCUAUUAAUGACGGCCUCUAGUGGAGCAGAGAUGCUGCUGCUGCAGUGAAGUCUGGAUGUGUAGGCGGAGCCAGGACCGUUGGCAGCGGUAGCAGUCGGAUGAAAUGUGACGUGACCGUCCUGACUGCGGACGCUUGAAAACCAUCGGAUACGUAUCCGAUUUAGUGCCACAUAUGGAAGUGGCACAAUUCAAACUUUUUGGAGGAGAAAAGUUCAGAACUGGGCCGUUCUGACUGGCAAGAAAAAGUCAGAUUUGGGUCACAUUUUGCUGCAGAUUGAAAGUGCCUUAAGAUAACUUCCGCCUUGAAUUUGUGCUUCAUAAAUGAGUUGAGUUUUUAUGCCUGUUAACCACCAAACUAUCUGGACUCUAAAAGUUCCUGUUGGACAGUAAAGUUUUUCCUCUUAUGAAGGACGAAGGGGAAAAAUAUCUUUCUGACUGUAGAGCCAACAGCUGCAGAGUAACAUCCAGAUCCUAGGCUGAAAUUCUGACCCGCUUUUAGAACUAGACGCUGACUUUGGGCCGGUUUCACCAUGUGACCCAUAUCAGCACUAUAUUAAAAGGAAACUAUUGAAUCAA